AUGCCUGCUGCGUGCGCAGCAAUUUCCAUCCUUCCACUGCCAGCAGCAUGCAGCGAAUUCCAUGCCUGGCUCAUCUCAUCAAUCAAGGUCUCAGAACGAGUGAGAGUCACAAACGCCCCGAUCAUCGUGAAGACAAAGCAAUUUAUCGGCGGUCGAACGGAUGUGUUGUCCCUAGCCCAAGGAGUUGUACAUUGGACUCCUCCUGACAGCGCUCUUGAUCUGGCCAGUGAUCUUGUGAGAGACAGGAGCAUCAGCGCAUAUGGCCCAUGCGCUGGCCUGCCUGCGCUCGUAGAUGCCCUUAAAGAAAAGCUUGCAGCAGAGAACGACUUGCCGGAGCAUGAAGUCAUGGUGACAGCUGGCGCCAAUCAGGCCUUUACAAACAUCGUCUUGACACUGCUGGACCCCGGCGACCGCAUUGUCCUGUUUGUACCGUACUACUUCAACCAUCUCAUGGCCGUGCAAAUGACCGGCGGCGCUGCCGACGUUGUGCAUGGGCAAUGUGACCCCCAGACGUGGCACCCAGACCUGGACUGGCUAGAACAGGAGCUGUCCCAGCCGGAUCCGCCUAAGAUGGUCGUUCUUGUCAACCCUUGCAACCCAACAGGCGUGCUGUUGAGCAGGGGAGAGGUGGAGCGAGCAGCUCAGCUAUGUCAAGAUGCUGGUACUUGGCUGAUCAUGGAUAACACGUAUGAGCAUUUUGUGUAUGACGGGCGCCAGCACCAUUGUGUUGCAGCCCCGCACAUCAUCCACAUCUUCUCCUUCUCAAAGGCCUUUGGCAUGAUGGGGUGGCGGAUGGGAUACAUAGCAUACAUGGACAUGCAUGGGCUAGCAGACCAGCUGCUGAAAGUGCAGGACACCAUUCCCAUCUGCCCCUCUCAGCUGAGUCAGUAUGUCGCACUCGGAGCAGUUGAGGCGGGGCGGCCCUGGGUGUCUACCCAAAUUGAAACUAUCAUUGCCAACAAGGACAUGCUCAUCAGUGCUCUGUUGCCUCUGGGCGAGCUUGGCAAUGGCAUUGCGGGAGGAGAAGGAGCCAUCUAUCUCUGGGCACGACUGCCAAAAGGCUGCGAGGAUGAUGAGGCGGUGGUGGAGUGGCUGGUGCGCGAGCAUGCUGUCUGCAUAAUCCCGGGGUCCUCCUGCGGCGCGCCGGGCUACGUGCGCAUCGCCUUUGCCAACCUGGAGCAGGAGGUGUGCCGGGAAGCUGCAGCGCGGCUGCGGCGGGGGCUGGAGCAGCUAUGUUUGCAGGGGAUGUCAGCUGUCCUGCAGGCGCCCCUUGCCGGCAUCGCCAGCCUUCCCGCUGAUGCGAUCGCCACAGCGAGCUAG